GACUCGCAGCAGCUUUUGCAUCUCCUCUCGUCCUGGUGGUGUGGCAGGACUUUCAGAGUUACUCCAAGGGUCCUGCAGUGGAGAUGGAGGCAGCAGGCGUGCCUCACAACGCAGCUCCAGACAUCGCAAACCUGGCUAAGGAGCUUGGUUUGACUGGCAGUCUGGAACCUCUGGCAGAUCCCUUGAUGCUGCUGCGCUUCUACAUGGCCCGUGCGAAUCAGGUGGAGGCUGCUGCAGCGAUGCACAGCGAAACGGUGGCCUGGAGGGAGGAUUUCGAUCUGAAGUCAGUGAUGGCGUCGUAUGGGUUUGGAGAGCAAUACCACCGCAGUGGCACGAGGCUCGGCAACGCCAGCUCUUGGUCGUGGGCUUAUCAGCCACAAACGAAGGAGGCCAAGCGAGCAGCGCCUUAUAUCUUUUUCGGGCGCCUUAGCGCUACGGCUCCAGAUGGUGGGCCCGUGCUUGUCUGGCGAGCGGGCACCGCAGAUUACGUAGGGUUCGUGCGUGAAGGCUUGGUUGAUGAGAUGAUCCGCGCCUUCGUAGCUCAUUUCGAAGAUGCUCUGCAAAGUGGCCGGGCGGCAUCCCUGAAGGCAGGGCGCCUAAUCCAGGCCCGUGUCAUCAUCGACACAAGCGGCUUUAGCAUCAAGAACCUCCAGCAUCUCCACAUCCUUAGGCACAUUGUCCACCUCAUUGAGAGGCAUUUUCCAGAGGUAUCCCAAUCUGUGACCGUGGUUCGUGCACCGUGGAGCGUUGUGAGCCUCUACAACAUUGUGACUCCCUGGAUGUCUGAGCUUGUCCAGAAAAAGGUGCGCAUCCUUGGCGAGGACUUCCAAUCCGCUAAAGGGCAUUGUUCAGCACCUAUGUUCACUGCUCUCGGCGUCUCUUUAGGAAAUGUGUAUUCCUUAUACAUGUGGUAG